UUUUGCCGUGAUCAUGGCAAGCUUCGAUCCCGGUUCUUUGCCUGACUUGCUGCGCCUUUAUUACCGCCGCCUCUUCCCCUUCGGCCUUUACGGCCGGUGGCUUCGCUACGGCGAUGUAUCAAAGAACUAUUUUCAGCGACGGGAGUUCUCAUUCACACUCCGUGAUGAUAUCUAUGUGCGGUAUCAGUCUUUCAACACCCCACAGGAACUGGAAAAAGAAAUCCAAAAAUUGUGUCCAUAUAAAAUCGACAUUGGAGCCGUAUAUUCAUGCAAGCCUAUCCAGCAUAACACCGUCCACAUGGGUGCUUUUCAAGCUCAGGAAAAGGAAUUGGUGUUCGAUAUAGACCUGACAGAUUAUGAUGAUGUUAGGCAAUGCUGCAGCUCUGCAGAGAUCUGCUCCAAAUGCUGGACUCUCAUGACUAUUGCCAUCCAUAUUAUAGACCGAGCCCUUGUAGAGGACUUUGGCAUUCAGCAUAGACUGUGGGUGUAUUCAGGACGCAGAGGGGUCCAUUGCUGGGUGUGUGAUGAAGCCGUCAGGAAGUGGUCUUCAACUCUCCGCUCUGCCGCAGUGGAAUAUCUCUCCCUAGUCAAGGGGGGUGAAGGAACCAUCAAGAAAGUAACCCUUUCAGAUAAUAACCACAUUCAUCCUUUCAUCAGAGCAUCAUUGGAUAUAGUGGCACGUUACUUCAAAGAAUAUGCUCUUGUUGGUCAGGACAUACUUGGCAAUAAAGAAAAAUGGAAUAAAGUGUUAGCCUUGGUUCCAGAGACAGAUCAAGAUAAUCUUUCUUUGGAAUUCCGUAAAAAGCACAAUUCAGAGCAGCGCUGGGAAGUUCUGGAAAAAAAGAAAAUGGUACAGGCUGAAAGAGAGAUUAUGCUGCAGUACUGUUUUCCACGCCUGGAUAUGAACGUUAGCAAAGGCAUCAAUCAUUUGCUGAAGAGCCCUUUCAGCGUUCACCCCAAAACAGGACGCAUUUCAGUUCCAAUUGACCUGAAGAAAUUGGAUGACUUUGAUCCAUUUGCUGUCCCCACUAUAAGCAACCUCUGUCAUGAGCUGGACAUGAUUGGGAAAGAUGAAGGGAAUGGAAAGGAAACUGAAGGUCUGCCAGAAAGCUCUCGUAAAAGCCGAGAUUAUAAGAAAACCAGUCUAGCUCCAUAUGUGAAAGUCUUCGAACAGUUCUUAGAAGAAAUGGAGAAAUCUUAUAAAGGACAACGUUUGAAAAAUAGCGACAUGCAGAUGGAUUUCUGACAUUUUGAAGACAUGGUGCAUUAUCACAGGGCAGUUUCAUGUGGCCAAAUAAUUGUAUUCAAAUACAGUAGAACUUUUGACUGUAUUGCUAGAUUUCUGCACAAAUCAGCCAUUUACAUUUGACAGAGUCAAAACAGGUUUUCUUGCUGAAGAAGAGGUGAUAAAAGUGUUCUUAUCCAUUCAGAUUCUAUCAGCUGAGCACAACAUAAAAUAAAUAUUUGGUUUUGCAUAGCAUGGGAGUGUAAUCAGUGGGGAUACACAUUUGUCAAACAGGAAACAGUAGGGGUUUAUAUUGCAGAAUAUUGUAUGUAACAUACACAUUCAUGCUUUAUUUGACAAGCAAGUAUCAAGCAGUUUGGUUUUUAAGAAUUUAGGGUAAUCCUCAAUUCACAAUGGCAGCUGGUACCAGAAUUUUCAUUGCUAAGCAAUGCAGUUAUGAAGUCUUGUUAGCAUUGCUUAGCAACAGCAAUCCCUGCAGUCCCAGUUACCAUUGUUAACUAAAUCCCAAGGUCAUUAGGUGAGGCAACUUCCUAGCCACUUACCAAAACAAAAGUUAAUGGAAAAGCCAGAAGGAAGUUGCAAAUCCCAGGCAGGGAGGCAGGUACGUGGCUGUUGCUGGGGAGGUGUGUGUGGGGGUGUCUAUCAGCUGAGGAAGUGCAAAAGACACAUGGUGUCUGUUGUGUCAGAUGUGAAGGAGGCAUGGGAAAAAUUGGGGAGGAUAUGCAGGUGUGCACAGGCCAGCACAAGCAGAGAGCGGCUGAAGUGGACUGCACAGGUUGAAGAAGCUUAUCCAAGUGACUUGUGGCCUUCCCUGCUGGCUUCUCCGUUGAUUUUCUGAGGAAGCCAAAUGGUGUGCAACUAGUCGUAAGUGCAAACCUGUUGCCGAAUGCCCAAAUUGUGGUCACAUGACAGCAGGAAUUCUGGGAAUUCCUGGGGAGUGAUCAUAACACCAUUGUAAUUUCAAAUAAUCAUGAACUUUGGUCAUUUGCCAAAGAUUGCCGGUAGAUCUUAUUUUUACCACCCAGUACUUCACCAAAAAGCUAAAGCAGCCCACUUUUAAAUGGAUUUUACCUCAAUGCUAUGUGACUUUCGCUUUUUUGAAGUAAAACUGUCUGGGAUUUAUCAAAUCAAAACAGAAUAUUGCAAACUAAAGCUUUCAGAUAACAUCAUCCUUAUUGAAAUUGUUUGAAUGAGUCAUAAAAC